UUCCUGCUCUCUUCUUACAAUAUUGUACCGAUCUGUACUUUCAUUUGCAACUUGUUGAACCUUAAUUUCUUCUGUUAAUGUUAAUCUCCUGAAAAAUUAGAACACCAUUUUAGACCCCAAAAAUCUAGAAGAGAAAAUUAAUCCUUGGUUUCAAAGCAUUAUAAAGAGAUACUCCAUUAACUCUUUAUGGUUAGGAUAACUCAAUAAAAACCUUGCCCAAUAUAGGCAUUAAUACUUGUCCUAAUUAACAAGCUUUCUAUUUUCUGGUCUUUAUAUCCUUUUGUUUCUGUCUUAGGGCAUGGAAUAUACUGGUAAUUUUAACUACGAAGAUGACUUAUUCUUCGACCUUAAGCCGAAUGUUUCUCAAGAUAUAUAUUCAUCAACUCCAUCAGCUUACACCAAUAUUGAAGAGAAUGCUCAAAAAGCUCUUUCUUCUCCCUUACUUUCCUCUAAUUCUUCCUCUUCUGGAUUUCUCAUUUCGUUUUCGUCAUCACCGAUUAAUCCUCAAGAAGAAGAAGAAGAUAUUCUAAUGAUAAGCUCUCAUUUGGAAGAAAAUGCAUGUCAAGAAUCAUUAGGGGAAAAAAAUAAUAAUAAUAUUAUGUACAAGAGAAGUUCUGUACAAGCUCAAGAACAUGUCAUUGCGGAGAGGAAACGAAGACAAAAAAUGGGCGAGCUUUUCAUAUCUUUGUCAAAGAUUGUCCCUGGUCUAAAGAAGUUAGACAAGUCUUCUAUCCUUGGAGAUACUAUACAGUACAUGAAAGAACUUCAAGAACAGGUAAAACUACUUGAAGAGGCAAAGAAAAACACCUGCGAAAAUAAUGAUUCCUCUACCUCCAAGGACCAAGUUGAAGGAUCAAAGAUUAAGGCAAGGAUUUUGGACAAAAGUGUACUUAUUAACAUCCAUUGCAGCAAACAAGAUGGAAUGGUGGGAAGAGUGUUAUUCCAAAUGGAGCAAUUGCAUCUUUCAGUCCCUGACAUUAGGAUCAUGCCUUUUGGUCGGACCAACCUUGAAAUAUCAAUUCUUGCUGAGAUGGAAAAUGGAUGUUGUAUAACUGUGGAGGAUAUUGUAAAGGACCUCCAAAUCAACCUUCUGGAGCAAGUUUAGCAUGAAUGAUCUCUCCUCCUGAUCUUCUCUAGGUUACCUUUUCCCUUGUUGCCCCUAGACCUCGUAAAUAAUAAAAAGAUACGUUUUUCAUUACCUAUGUGUAUAAUUAAUUGAGAGCUCUUUUCGAGAUUGUGAUACUUACCUCUCUUUCAGUAUGCAUUUUUCUUUGUUGAAAUUAUAUAGGAAAAAGGGUCAAAUAUA